UGACGUCAUUGGAAUGCUGUUUGCUGGUCGCAUUCAUUGAAGGAACGACCGGUCAUGUGAUUUUGUAUUGAACUGCCAAUUGCUGGUUAUUCUCCAGCAACAUCACCAAGUUAAACUAAACUUUUAGAAAAUUUAAAUGGAAUUGGGUCUAGACUAAUUUCUAAUAAAGUAUUAAGAUUAAUUAAUAAAGAAUAAAUAAAAGAAAAACCUGACAAAUAUGACAAUUAAAAAAUUGUGUUUUUUGCUGAGCUGAGUUUUGAAGAAACAAAAAAGAAUGUAUCAAAGCCUUUUGGCUUACCUGAUUCUUGCAACACUAAGUUACCCAGGUGUGUUAUCAGAACAACAGUGUUACAUCAACAAAGACAGCUAUGAACCCAAUGCUCAGGUGCGAUUUGCUUUUAUGUCAUCCUUGCGCAAAAGUGAACCAAAUACAGCACAAAGUAGUCUAUGCACACUGAUUAGUAAAGAAAUGCUCCAGAACUACUUGGCCGCAGAAUGGGUCGUUGAAAAGUUAAAUCUGGCAAAUAAUGGAACAGGAUAUAUACGUGGAGUCAAAAUUGGUUUUGACAGCUUUGAUGACUGUAGGUCCCCAGUGUAUGCAUCAAGAAACGCCUUAUCUUUUGUGGAUGGGUGGGUACCCACCACUAUGAAAAGCUGCACUGGUCAGCCUACUGAUAGCCUGAAUAUAGGUAUAGUUGGCCCUUCACGGACAUCCACUGCUACAAGAGUGGCUUCCUUAAUGAGGGACAUGCAAGUCCCUAUCGUUAGUUUUGCUGCCACCAGAGCUGAGCUGAGCAACAUGACAGAAUACCCAACCUUUUUACGCACAGUCCCAUCAGAUGUACAUCAGAUGGCGCUUAUAGCUAGUAUUGCAAAGGAGUUCUAUUGGUCAUACCUUGCUAUCUACUAUGUAAACGACGAGUAUGGGACAUCAGCAUCCAACAUUCUGAUCAAAGAGGCGGAGAAGAGGGGGAUUUGUAUAGCCAAAAUUGUCCAGUUCAACAGUGGGAGCAGUCCUAGUGCUGACAUAGGACGGGACUUUAAUGAACUCAUUCAGAAAGCCAAAGAUGAAUCUUUAGGAUUAGUUUUUAUAGGUGGGAAAGACGACGCUGAGCAGUUCCUGUGGAACAUUGAUAAAAAAAUGGGCUCAUCCAAGUACGGAUUACACAUCAUUUUGUCAGACGCAUCAAACACUGACACAGAGAUUUACAAAAAUAAAGAAAUAGGGUUUGGGACUCUUGCAGUUGGCAUGUCAAAUCUUUUUAUGCAAGAUAUUUAUACGGAUAUAACAAACAAAAUCACGAGAGUGAAGAACAAGCAAGAGAAACACAAGCUGAUUGAGGAGUAUAUCCAACAGUACUCUUCUGCUGAUAUCUUUGAACCCAAUUCACACAGCACAUUCUUGCCUUCAACUGUCCAUGCUAUAUUUGCCAUGGUCGAGGCUUUCAGAAACAAGUUUGAUGAGCUGUGCUCUGUGGAGAAAACAGUUUGUGUCAAAUUGAAAUCUGCAGUUGAGCAAGGUUCAAUGGUGCAGAGCAUGUUCAAGGUCAAGGUUGAUUACAAACAGAUGGACCCCAGCAUUGUUCCCAAACUUUUCAGGGACAACAGCCUGACUGUCACUUUUGAUGAGAACGGGGACAUGGAGCAAACCAAUAGGGUUCCAUCUUACACCGUCCUUCAGUAUAAUGGGAGCCAGUACACCCAAGUAGGCGAAUACAUCAUGGACAACCUGUCCCUCAACACAGCAGACGUCAAAAUGUGGACCAAAGACAGGACUGUGUCUCGGACCAUCCCAUCUUCAGUGUGCAAAGGCCGCUGUGACACCUGUCUCAGUAGAAAUGUCAUCCCCAUUACUUACAUGGAGGGGGAUGCAUACAUACUUGGAGUUUUUUCCGCACACGAGUCUACAAUAGGUGACCCAUUCCAAUGUGGAGCUUUUAGAUCCCUUGCUAAUGAUGUUGUUGCUGCCGAAGGCUUCCUGUUUGCUAUUAAAGAGCUGCGUGAAAAAACGGGUAUAAAAUUUGGCGCCAUCGCUAUAGAUGAUUGCUACAGCCCACUGAGGAGCACUACAAUCCUGUCGGACUACUUUUCCGGGCUGUUGGAUGCCGAACAAAAUAUUUUCCCAUUUCGCAUUCCUCGUGACAAGCUUGUGGGUGUGGUGGCGUGUCGGUCCAGUGGCUGCACAAUACCCACAGCUUCCUUUUUCAUGCCUCUCAACAUCCCUGUCAUCUCGUACGCUGCCAGCUCACCAGACUUAGACGACAAAGUGCGGUUUCCUUAUUUUCUACGAACCGUCCCCAGUGAUAUCUUCCAGGCUCAGGUCAUGUUGAAUAUUGUUAAAACCAUGCAGUGGCAGUACGUCGGUCUGCUUUACGUGCAGAAUAACUACGGAGCCAAGGCUAUGAAAGCCUUCAAAGAAUUAGCCGCUAAAGAUGGUUCUGUGUGUGUCGCAGAAGAAAUCAGCAUCGGCGAAAAAGUUUCCGAAGAUGACGGGAAAAACUUCUUCAAAAUUUGGACCCACCUUACCACAAUGCAGGUUAAAGUUGUUGUAUUUUUUGGAAUUGACGUCAGGUACCGCACAUUUUUGAAAUACCUGGAAGACGAGGGCCGCAAUGGGAAAUUUAUAUUCAUCGGCAGUGAGGACUGGGGUAACAACAAAUACAUCCUGCAAGAAUCUCCAAAGUCAGCUCGCGGUUCCAUUACACUCAAAGUCGAGGAGAUCAAUCUAGAAUCUGAUUCCCGUUUUGGAACAUACCUGCAGUCUAAGUCCCCCUCCCUGAAUGAUACCAACAUCUGGUUCCCAGAGUUUUGGCAGAACAUCUUUAAAUGCAACUUUAAAGGGGGCUACAUCAACACCUUUUCCAGCGAGUGUGACCCAUCCUGGAAGUUGAGCCAGGAUGAGCUGACCAGCAGACUCAAUGAACAGAGGUUGAAGCAAGUCAUGAAUGCAGUCUACGCCUUGGGCUAUGGCCUCAGCAAGACAACUAAAGAUAUCUGCCUGGACUCAUUCCCCUGCAAGUAUCUGAAGCAGGACCAGUACAUGGACAAGGUCAUGACCUACAUCCAAGAACAGACCAGGGUUCAAGGUGCCCUCAACUACCCUGUCUUUGAUAAAUAUGGCAAUGGCGCCAUUGGUUUUGAUGUGUUCAGCAUUCAAAAAAGCACAGAUGAAGAUUAUAUUUAUGUUAAGGUCGGGACAUUCAAUUCCAAGACGACAACUUUUCAAAAACAAGAUCUCAAAUUUUACUCAGAAACUGGGAGCACAGUAACCACCAUUUCAGCUGCCUGUACACCGACCCUGUGUGCUCAAUGUACUAAAGCAAAGGAUGCAGUGGUUGAUGUGCCUGUUGCAAGUACAACAUCUAAUGAAUACAGGCAACCAGAUAUCCUGCUGAUCUCCCUUGUUGCUGUUCUAAUUUUAGCCCUGAUAGUGACAGUGCUGAUUGGUGUUCUGUGUUGUUCAAGAAAAUACAAAGUUCUAGAGAAAAAAUUGGAUGCUGAUCAACACUACGAUGAGCUCCACCACCCAGGUAACGCAGACGUCAGAAGGCCCCCGUACGACGUUGACCCGUACCACUUUGAGAACAGAGACCUAGAUCCCUACUACAUAAGCUCAGGGCAAAACUUCUCCAAGGGAUUACCCAACCCGACGUUUUUGAAUGACACGCCAGAGUUUGUCUCUAAUCUCUCUCGCAGCAACUCAGCUAGUCGCUCAAAAAGGUCCAUCGCCAAUUCUCAGUUUUCGAAUCGACCUCUGCCUGGUAGCCCCCCAGGGGAGAAGCAGACCAGCGAGGCCCACGAUAACAUGGGCUAUGUAGAGAGUGCAUCAGAAAGAGGCUGGCCGACAAGAUCAGACAACUCUCAAGCUUUUCAAAGCACCAGAGCUGAGUCUAUACCAACAAGAAUGAUGUCUUCUGGACAACCCGAGGUUCUCAUAUCCCCAAGCCUAGAUGGCGCUACUAACAAGGUGUAUUUCAACAAAAACCGCAACGAACGCCCAUCUGAUUUUGUCAGGACCCAGAGCUACUCCAACCGCUCAUCAGGACGUUCAACUCUUUCCUCUGCCCACCCUGAGUUUGGCCCGUACAGCGCCGCAGCCGCUCUUCAGCGCCGUAACGAAAGCAUGAGAUCAAACCAGCAGGCCCUUCCUUCUGUAACCGCAGACCAAUACAACGACAACACUGGACUGGCAGAGAUGAACAUGAAAGCUACGGCCAUCCCUCAAGAAAAUACUCCAUAUGGCUCCUUCCUUAAGCAGAACAGCACAAGACCAGAAUUUAAUGAGCAGGUUGACCACACACCCGUACACUACGCAGUUUCCCCGAAUCUAGCAUCCACACAGCAUGCAAGUAGACCACAGAACCCUGACCGGGAAAUAAGUUAUCACCAAGCGGACAUGCAACAUAAACCACAGCUUAAUGAGGAGAGUAAGUACUUCGACAAGUUUAACCUUUCAGUAGAGAUGGACGGGAACCGCUCAGAGAACUCUUUUGCUUCAAUACCGGAUGUCAUAGGUCAGACGACACCCAACCGUGACCUUGACAACCCGUUAAGUCUGGAAUCUGUUGACCUGACCUCCAGUAAAGAAUCUCUAACUGACCUAACGGAAACCAAGGGAAAGCACUUUGAAAAUUCGCAGCGCCCAAUGAGAUUAAAACAUCUGACUGCGCUGGCGUCAGAUGUGUAGGUUAGUAACUUGAAAAAGGCAACGUUGCUUAAUUCCUUAUACAUUGAAAGACUUUUUCACACGCUUAUUACUCAGAACAAAACUUAAACCUUAUCACAGAGUAAUUUGUUAUAAAAACAAAUUGUUGGCAGAUUUUCAUGUUUAUUUAAUACAUAAAAAUCAAUUUUAUAUUCAGAUUCCUCUUUUAGUAAGUACAUCUCAUUAUAAUACAUUUUUCUUUUUCUACAUAAUUACACCCUAUAAAUGUAACAACAAUAUCAUGUGUACAUAAAAUAGUUUGUAGUCACCAAUCCAACAUUCAUACUUAAGUUUAUGUAGAGCUCACAUAA